UAACUUUUCAUCGAAUGUAAACAAACAAAAAUUAUUUUUAUUAAACUUUGCAUUUACAUUAACAAAUAAUCAGACCAUAGAAUAGGCUCAAAGUCCAAUCAGAUAACAUUUUGAUCUAUCGCUUUUCUGCAAACUUUUUCACAAAAAAAUGGCUAAAACAGGUCUUCUGAUAGUCUCAAAUCCGAAGCAUAUAACUAAACUUCUAUCGGAUAUCAGUAAAACUGUCCAAAACACCCUGUAUAUCCAACUAUUGAGCGCUCUGAGUGAUCCUCUGGGUAGUUUUCAUGCUAAUGUAUUCAGUGCGCCUCCGAAAUUUAGUAGGACAAUUUAUAGUAUUUAUUCUCAGGCCACACAGCUUUGCAACAACUUGGAUGUCAGAGUAUUGCUUUCGGGCCUCAAAAGUGCCGUGCCUCAAAUAAAAACCCUCAAACCUAUAGAUAUUGUAAUAUUCGAUAAGAAAUACAAUCAAAUUGAAAUCGACAAUUUUAUCAAGAAUAAGGUACCCAAUAUUGUUUUAGGACACAAAAUUUUAACUGUAGAAUGUUGUGCUAGUGAAAAAAUUGCACCCGAACCUGAUAAUAGGGAUGAGGGAAUUUAUAAACAUGUUUGUUUAGGAGGUACUUUUGAUCGAUUGCAUACAGCACACAAAUUAUUAUUAAGCGACGCUAUCUUAAGGGCCUCCGAUAAAGUAACAGUGGGAAUGACUGAAGAAAACAUGAUUCACAGCAAAAUAUUGUGGGAAUUAAUACAAGACAUUGACACAAGAAUUGAAAAAGUUAAUGAUUUUGUAACGGAUGUUUGUCCAGAAUUGACUUAUGAUAUCAUGAAAAUUUCUGAUCCGUUUGGUCCUGCCAUAGUCGAUCCUACUAUGGGAAUGAUUAUGGUUAGUGAGGAGACUGUUAGAGGGGGCGAAUUGAUUAAUGAAAUAAGAAGAACUAAAAAUUUGGAGGAAUUGAAAAUUGUUGCAAUUAAUUUCAUUGAAGAGCCUAAUCCGCAACCAAAAGAAGAACAUAAAGUGAGCUCUAGUAAUUUACGGUUGAGGUUGCUGGGUACUUUAAUUAAACCACUGAAAAAUAAAAAUAUCCCCAAUAAACCUUAUGUUAUUGGGUUAACAGGAGGCAUAGCAAGUGGCAAAUCUGGUGUAGCAACGCAUUUGCAUAACUUAGGUGCAGCUGUAAUAGAUUGUGAUAAAAUAGCCCAUCGAAUGUACAGUAGAGAUGGCCCAAGUUUCCAAAAAGUGAUUGACCAAUUUGGCAAUGACAUUAUCAAUUUCGACGGGGAAAUUGAUAGAAGAAUGUUGGGCGAUAAGGUGUUUAAUAAGCCAGUUGAAUUGAAAAAAUUAACUGAUAUAUUAUGGCCAGAAAUGGCUAAGGAAAUUAACAGGAUAAUUAAAAUUUUGCCAAAUCCCAUAAUUUGUGUAGAAGCGGCUGUAUUGUGUCAAGCUGGCUGGGAUCAAUUUUGUCAUGAGGUUUGGAUAACGCUAGUGCCUCAAAGGGACGCCAUUCAAAGACUAGUAACCCGGAAUAAUCUAGAUGAAGAGCAGGCGAAAAAUAGAUUGGAGUCGCAGCCCUCAAACAAGGAAUACGUAGAAAAUGCCAAUGUAAUAAUAUGUCCUUUGUGGGAAGUUGCAUAUACGAAAAGUCAAGUUGAAAAGGCUUGGGGUCUUUUGCAACACAGAUUAUCAAAAUAGCAUAAAUGCAGCUCAAUGUUGAUUAUAAGGAAAUUUAUUGCAUGUUUUUUUAUACUAAGAUAUACAUAUAUUUUAAAAGUUUAAAUAAAAUCGAUAUUUUUAAUCAA